AUGCAGCGAGGAUUUGCGAUUCGAAUUAUUAGGGCGUUUAGGACUGUGUCCACUACUGCAGCGAUCGCGUUAGCAGAACUCACUCCCUUGGACCUUAAAGUUCUCGAAGUUCAUCACCUUGAGCAAACGCGACUCACAGGAUCUACGCAUCUUCUGCGCAGUGAUUUGUCUCUUGAGCGUCCCACCCCGCCUCAUAAGUUACUCCACCCUGCUGUCAGAGUCUCCAUCACUUCGCUUCCUUAUUCAUCUCUCACCACUUCACAGUCAUCCCUCACCAUUUAUACAGAUGGAAGUAAGCUGGAGAAUUCUGACACCGGGGCCGCUUUCGUCGCAUAUUCUGAAAAUAAGCAAAUCGCUGUUAAGAAGUUCAAACUCCAUCGGUCCUGCUCGGUCUUUCAGGCCGAGCUUCUCGCCAUCCUCAAAGCCUGCACGUGGGCUAACUCGUUUCAUCCACAUUCACACAUCACCAUAAUAACCGACUCCCAAGCGGCCCUUGCCGCAUUGCGAGAUCGGAGCAACACGCACCCUCUGGUCUCACAAACUCACGCACAAAUCCAUUCGCGUACAUCCGGUUCGUUGAGCUUCGUAUGGGUCAAGGGACAUAUAGGCGUAGACGGGAACGAGGCGGCCGACUCCGCGGCGAAAUACGCUGCCGCCUCGCACUCCUCUUUAUCCUACGCUUCAUAUCCCAUGUCUUUUGUCAAGCAUAACAUCCGCGCUGAACAUAACCGCAUAUGGCAAGCAAGAUAUGAGAGCUCAUCUCAAGGUCGUCAUACGAUUUCUCUUCUCCCUAAAUUAACUGAUAUCACCAGAUUUAGACAGCUAGUCAAAACUUCCUUUCAUAUUACCCAAAUAUUAACAGGACAUGGCUAUACAAAGCAAUACUUGCAUCGCUUCAAUAUAGCCGCUGACGACGCUUGUCCCUGUGAUGAUUCUACUACGCAGACUUUUGAACAUCUUCUAGAACACUGCCCCAGAUUUAGCCCGAAGAGACUAAAUCAUGUCUUGCUUUGCAACAAUCUAAGAUUGCCCCCAUUUAACAUAUUAGAAUUGUUAAAACACGAAUCGGCCAUCAGUUCAUUCGACACUUUUGCAAAACACAUUAUCACCAACCUUAAAGCUUUCAACGGCCAACUAAGAUCAUGA